AUGGCAUAAUAGUGCUUACAAUUUAUUUUAGAUAAAAUUGGCUUCAGAAAUGAAGUAAAUGAAGUUGAGGAAGAGAUAUAAUAGAUAGAUUUUUGCAAUUUAAAUUAAUAAUAAAUAGAAGAUUUAUUUAAAGGUAGGAAACAGAAUAUCAAACUCAUUAAAAAUUUGAAAGUUUAUAGUGAUAGUAUUAUAUUUUUUGGACAUGUUUAGAAUGAGUCGGUAGAACCAGCUGUAUUUUAUAUAAAUAAGAUGGAUUCUUUUGAGAUUUAAUCUCUUUUCUAAAAACAAUAAAGAGAAAAGGAAUUUGAAAAUUUAAAUUAAGAUUAACAUGACAUUUUUACGCUCAGAGAUUCAUUUUUUGUUCCUUUACCAAACUAGAUAGACUUCUUUCUAUAAGUAAAUUAAUAUAGCUUAAAUCUUGUAAACAAAAAGGAUGAUUAGAUAAAUCUAAUAGCUUUACUAGAAAAUAACUAUUAAAUAUUAGAAGAAAAAUAGAAAUAUAUUCAAAAUAAAUCAUUGAACGAUUCUUCAUCAUUAUAAGAAAAAGACAUUCAACAGUUUUUGAUUUAUCCUGAGAAAUUGAUAAAGGCAUUAAGUGAGUAAAGCAAAUAAUUUAGCUCAAUCUUAUAGCAAAAAAGUUUCUAAAUAAUGUCAAGUUCAGAUUAUUAUAAAAUGAAUGAGUUUACUAAUAGAUUCCUUUACAAAAUUUUUGAAACAAAAAAUAUCUAAGAUUCAGAUCCUUACAUAGCAAAUAGGCUUUAAUCGUAAAAUGCUAUUAAUGACAUUAUAGAUUCAGUAUUUUUUGAAAGCAACGUUUUAUAUAUAUCUAUUAUUGAUCAGAAAGGUAUUCAAGCUUAUAAAUUAAUAGAGCAAUUCAACAUAAAGCUUCUUAACUUCAUUAAAACUAUAUUUACCAACAUUUAGGCCUUGAAUUUUACUAAAUAAAAUGAUUAAUUGGCAUAUUAGUAGCUUUCAUCUCUCACACACAUUGAAAUUAAUUUGAGGUAAAAAAUAUCUGAUUCUGAUUUGCUUAGUUUAAAAGAUUCACUCCUCCAUAUGUAAAACCUAAACACAUUAUUAUUCGAUAUAAGUUAUAAUAAGAUUUAUAAUAAUUCUCUUAUCUCAACUGUGUAAGCCCUUUCUGAGUUAUCAAAUUUGAGGAACCUAUAUUUCCUUAUUAACAAUACUUAAGUUAACAAACAAGGGAUAAUCCAAAUAGCAGAGUUACUAACAAAAAUAAAUUAACUGGAAAUACUAAUUAUGGAUGUUAGAUAAUGCAGAAUUGGUAUUGAAGGUCCAAAAGUAUUAGCAAACUGUUGCAGAUAACUAAAUAUGAUUAAAUUUUUUGAGGUCUAAUUUACGAACACUUUUGAGAGGCUAAUUUUUGAGCUUGAGUUAUCACUUUAAGAUAAUAAGUAUUAAAAGUGUGAAAUUAUAAGAUAUUAUGCAGCAUUUAUGUAAACUCUCUAAGAUAUAGAUAUUAGGUUACAAUCUAAUUAUUUAGACUUAGAUGAAAUAUAACUCCUUUUCAACUAUCUUUUAUUAAUCCCUCAGUAAAAAUCACUAAAGCUAGAUUUAUGCUCAACAUAAAUUAAUGAUAGUGGAGUCAUUUUGCUUUAGAGCUUUUUGAAUUAAAUGAAAGAACUUGACAUUCUUGUUUUAAAUUUGUCUUACAACUAGAUUUCUUUUGAAGGAUCACUUAAAUUUGGGAAAUUUUUCAGAUAAAUAUAAAAUUUGAAGAGACUUGAAUUCUUUUAUUAAGAACCCAUUAAAAGAUUAUUUUUUGAGAUUAGCUAUUUUUAUGAAGAUAAUUUUGGACCUAAAUAAAGAUAAUUGCUUUUUCCUAAGUAUUUAAGUAUAGAUGAAAAAUCAAAGCAAAUAGAAUUAGACUUAUCUGACUCCCUAUUCCUUUCUAUGAGUGAUAAAGUUGUAUAAUCUAUGAUGAAUUUGUUGUCUUAGUAAAGUAAAAUUCAAGGUCUUAUCUUUUCAAGUUUAGAUAGAGAGAAGCAUACUCUCCUCUUUUAGAUCCUUAGUUAACUUAAACUCCUGAAAUAUAUAAAACAUUUGAAGAUUUAGAGAUAUUCUGGUGUGUCUUAAUACUUUUUACCUGAGAAUAAUUUAAGAAAAAAAAUAUGUUAUCAUGCUUUAAAAAUGCCUAGAUUGGUUAUGCUAACUGUUUAAGCAUGA